CGUCCGACCCCGCCCCGGGCUCCGGGGUUCUGCCUCCGCACCCGCCACCCGCCGGGCCAGGACGGCGCAGCGCCGCCUGCGGCAGAGGCGGGAGCCCGGGCCGGGAGCGAAGAACAUGUUGGCCGUGCACUUUGACAAGCCGGGAGGACCAGAAAGCCUCUACGUGAAGGAGGUGCCAAAGCCGAGCCCGGGGGAGGGGGAAGUCCUCCUGAAGGUGGCGGCCAGCGCGCUGAACCGGGCGGACUUACUCCAGAGACAAGGCCAGUAUGCCCCGCCCCUGGGAGCCAGCAACAUUUUGGGACUGGAGGCAUCUGGACACGUGGCAGAGCUGGGGCCUGGCUGCCAGGGGCACUGGAAGAUUGGGGACCCAGCCAUGGCUCUACUGCCCGGUGGAGGCCAGGCUCAGUAUGUCACCGUCCCCGAAGGGCUGCUCAUGCCUAUCCCAGAGGGACUGUCCCUGACCCAAGCUGCAGCCAUCCCGGAGGCCUGGCUCACUGCCUUCCAGCUGUUAUACCUCUUGGGAAACGUGCAGGCUGGAGACUCUGUGCUAAUCCAUGCAGGAUUGAGUGGCGUGGGCACAGCUGCCAUCCAGCUCACCCAGAUGGCUGGAGCUAUUCCUCUGGUCACAGCUGGCUCCCAGCACAAGCUUCAGAUGGCAGAAAAGCUUGGAGCAGCUGCUGGAUUCAAUUACAAAGAAGAGGAUUUUUCUGAAGCAACACUGAAAUUCACCAAAGGUGCUGGAGUUAACCUUAUUCUAGACUGCAUAGGCGGAUUUAACUGGGAGAAGAAUGUCAACUGCCUGGCUCUUGAUGGUCGCUGGAUUCUCUAUGGUCUGAUGGGAGGAGCUGAUAUCAGUGGGCCCCUGUUUUCAAAGCUCCUUUUUAAACGAGGAAGUCUAAUCACCACUCUGCUGAGAUCUAGGGACAAAGAGUACAAGCAAAUGCUGGUGAAAGCUUUCACGGAGCAAAUUCUGCCCCACUUCUCCACGGAGGGCCCCCAACGUCUACUGCCGGUUGUAGACAGAGUCUACCCAGUGUCCGAAAUCCAAGAAGCUCAUAAGUUCAUGGAGGCUAACAAGAAUGUGGGCAAAAUUGUCCUGGAGCUGCCCCAGUGAAGGAGGAGGGGGCAGUACAGGACACGGUCACCCCUGGCCUUUGCAGAGAGAGGAAUAAUUGGGGAUAAUUCACAGUAGGGAGGCAAGAGACUGGGUGCUACUCCCAGGUCCGUCUCGGUAGUUGGUCGGUGUAAAGCCGGCCUAAGGAAAUAAAGAGUGGACUUGAA